GCACCAUUGCCAGCGGCAGGUCGCGAAAACACAGUAAAAUCGAAAAAUAUUGGAACAUAUUAUUGUAGAUUCUGAGUGAAGUAGAAACGCUGGCCAAAACUUCAUCAGCAACAUGGGUGACAUGUUCCGCAGCGAGAAAAUGGCCCUGUGCCAGUUGUUUAUACAACCUGACGCUGCAUAUGCUUCGAUAGCAGAACUGGGAGAAACUGGUUGUGUGCAAUUCCGUGAUCUUAACGAAGAGGUGAAUGCUUUCCAUAGGAAAUAUGUUACCGAGCUGAGACGUUGCGAUGACAUGGAGCGACGUCUGCGAUAUGUGGAGACUCAAAUUACUAAGGAUGAGAUAAAAUUGCCCACUAUUCUACCUGAUCAAGAGCCAGCAGCGCCAAAUCCUCGCGAGACAGUUGAUCUAGAGGCCCAGCUGGAGAAGACCGAGAAUGAACUAAGAGAAAUGUCUGCAAAUAGCGCCAGUUUGAAAGCCAAUUUCAGGCAUAUGCAGGAGUUAAAGAGUGUUCUCGAGAACACUGAGGGCUUUUUCUCGAACCAAGAGGUUAUUAAUUUGGAUUCCAAUCGCGUGGUUGAUCCCUCCGUUGAGGUUUCAGCCCAAUCGCAGCGUGGCCAAUUGGCUUUUGUGGCCGGAGUGAUCAAAUUGGAACGCUUCUUUAGCUUUGAGCGCAUGCUAUGGCGUAUCUCACGUGGUAAUAUCUUUUUGCGCCGCAGUGACAUCAGUGGCUUGUGCGAAAAUGAGGAAACCGGAAUCCCAGAGUUGAAAACUGUGUUUGUGGCCUUUUUCCAGGGUGAUCAAUUGAAACAGCGCAUCAAGAAGGUCUGUACAGGCUAUCACGCAUCAGUUUAUCCCUGUCCGAGCUCAUCCGCUGAGCGGACAGAGAUGAUACGCGAUGUGAAUGUCCGUCUGGAGGAUUUGAAAUUGGUUUUAAAUCAAAGUGCAGAUCAUAGGCAGCGUGUGCUGUCGGCUGCUUCAAAGAAGCUACCCAGCUGGGUCAUAAUGGUGCGCAAAAUGAAGGCCAUCUACUUCCUUCUGAAUCAAUUCAAUCCCGAUGUGACGGGCAAGUGUUUGAUAGGCGAAGGCUGGGUGCCACAAAGUGACUUGCUCAAUGUUCAAAAAGCCUUGGCCAGAGGUUCCAAAUUGUCGGAGAGUAGCAUUCCCGCAUUUAUGAAUGUGAUUGACACGAAUGAACAGCCACCAACAUACACCAGAACGAACAAGUUUACCAAUGGUUUCCAGAACCUUAUCGAUGCCUAUGGCAUGGCCUCUUACCGGGAGGUGAAUCCAGCUCUAUAUACUUGCAUAACAUUUCCUUUCCUGUUUGCUGUGAUGUUUGGAGAUUUGGGUCAUGGCCUUAUCCUACUAGCCUUUGCAUCGUUUUUAAUCAUCAGGGAACGUCAAUUGUCAGUUAUUAAGGAGGAGAUCUUUAAUAUAUUCUUUGGCGGACGAUAUAUAAUCUUCCUCAUGGGUCUCUUCUCCAUAUAUACGGGUCUGAUUUAUAACGAUGUCUUCUCCAAAUCAAUGAAUUUGUUCGGUUCCGGCUGGCGUAUGAACUACAAUACCUCAACUGUGGUGGACAAUGGUCUGAACUUCAUUACCCUUCGACCGAAUGAUACGAAUUUUAAAACUUAUCCAUUGGGCAUGGAUCCAAUUUGGCAAUUGGCAGACAAUAAGAUCAUCUUUUUGAAUACCUUUAAGAUGAAACUUUCGAUUAUCUUUGGUGUCUUGCAUAUGGUCUUUGGUGUAACCAUGUCGGUUGUCAAUUUCGUCUAUUAUCGUCGCUAUGCCAGCAUCUUUUUGGAAUUCUUGCCACAGAUCAUGUUCCUCUUAUUACUCUUUGGCUAUAUGGUGUUCAUGAUGUUCUUCAAAUGGGUUGUCUAUAAUGACACUAGCGAUGAUCAGUCCCUAUCACCCGGCUGUGCCCCAUCUAUUCUCAUAUUGUUUAUCAAUAUGAUGCUGUUUGGUUCUCAAGAACCUCUCGAUGGCUGCAAGGAAUACAUGUUUGAGGGUCAAGAACUGCUGCAAACCAUUUUUGUGAUUGUGGCUGUGAUAUGCAUUCCAUGGAUGCUGCUAGGAAAACCUUUCUACAUAAUGAGCAAGCGACCAAAGGUGGCACCAGGAGCAGUUGAGCCGAAACCUUCCACCAGUGGUGGCGGUGGGGGAGGAGGUCAUGGUCAUGGCGAUGAUGAGCCCAUGAGCGAGAUCUUUAUUCAGCAAGCCAUUCAUACCAUCGAGUAUGUACUGAGUACAGUCUCCCACACGGCUUCCUAUUUGCGUCUUUGGGCGUUGUCGCUGGCCCAUGCACAACUCUCGGAGGUGCUUUGGAACAUGGUGUUCUCCAUGGGUUUCAUUUUCGACGGUUAUGUAGGUUCCAUUGCCAUUUAUAUAAUCUUUGCUGCAUGGGCAGGACUAACUGUGGGCAUUCUGGUCCUUAUUGAAGGUCUUUCGGCCUUCUUGCAUACCUUGCGUUUGCAUUGGGUGGAAUUCAUGAGCAAGUUCUAUGAGGGCGCUGGUUACGCCUUUGAGCCCUUCUCCUUUAAGGUCAUCUUGGAGCCAAAGGAGGAGUGAAUUUCGGACGCAGGACGCCCAAUUUGUUUUUCCUAUCAUUUUUCGCAAAAAGACGAAAAAAUAAAGAAAUGUUAUUUUGUUCAAUAUGAGUAUCUUAAA